GAAUAAAGGAAAAUUUUUGAACUAAGUUUCUUUGUUUCAAUUUUUGGGAGGUUCUUCACAGAGCCAACGCCAGAGUGUUCCGAAAACCGGAACCCUAAACAGAGAGAGCAUGGGAACCCCAGAGACGUCACGAGAACCAUGCCCUGAUCGGAUUCUCGACGACAUAGGAGGCGCGUUCGGUAUGGGUGCGGUCGGUGGUUCCGCCUUUCACUUCCUCAAAGGUCUCUACAACACCCCCAAAGGUGAUCGUCUCAUCGGCGCUUCCCAAGCCGUUCGUCUCAACGCCCCUCGAGUUGGCGGAAGCUUCGCCGUAUGGGGCGGUCUCUUCUCCGCCUUUGACUGCACCAUGGUCUAUGUUCGCCAGAAAGAGGAUCCAUGGAACUCCAUCGUCGCCGGCGCCGCCACCGGCGGUUUCCUCUCCAUGCGCCAGGGCUUAGCCGCCUCCGCUCGCUCCGCCGCUUUCGGCGGCGUCAUUCUUGCUCUAAUCGAAGGCGCCGGCAUCAUGCUCAACAAGUUCCUCAGCGCGAAUCAGCCUAUGCCGAUCAUCAUGGAGGAGCCGCCGCCGUCGACGACGACGACAGAUUCUGCUUCGGCGGGGCCGUCGUGGCUCGGAGGGUUGUUCGGCGGAGGGAAGAAAGAGGGGGGAAGUACUAUCGGGGAAAGCCAGACGAAGAUUCUAGAAAGUUUCGAUGCGCCUCCUGUUCCCAAUUUUGAGUAUAAGUAAGCGAGGUUGGUUUUAGGGUUAGGGAAUUUUGUGGCGGAAUGAAGAAUUAUUGAAUUUGUUGAUGAAUUGAACCUCACUACUUGAUGAUUGUCUAUCGUAUCAUAAAUUUGUUUCCUGUUUCCUAAAUUUUUUUGUUCACUAUAAUGUAUAAUUUAAGUAUAGCGGUAGACUCGACUUAAUUAUACGGUUUUUUGUCACAAUAAUGUGUAAUUAGUGUUAGUGUAAUCGUGAAAGUUUAAGAUGUUCCCUUUCACUUGAAACAGAAGUUAUGUUCAUUCGAUUCGAUUUCUGUGAAUGUGUUGUGUCUUCACUGUUUACACCUUGACAACAUUGAGUUUCAUUUCACUUCACUAAUCACUGGAUCAUUGAUUGAGAAAAUUGGUGUAAAUUAUGAGUUUAGUAUUGACUGGCAUCCGAUCAAAUGUUUUUUAUUUAGGUUUUAAAGCAAAACGUGAAGGAACUGAGUAUCCUUGUAUAGGAUGAAAAUAAUGCUUUGCUGAUUUUAAAUAUUGAUCAUCAAGCCCACAUUGAUCAUAUAUUCUUUUACUUUCCUUAGACUUGGCUCAAUUUAGAGGAUUCAAAUUUCUUUCAUAAGUAGACUCUGGUUUCGUGCCGGCAUAAUUUUCCGGCUACAAUGGUCAAUGGGGUUCUGAUGAAUCCACAAUCGUUAGCUUGGAACAAUGGCCCACGGGCUCGAUUACUGUUGUGACUGGUGGCCUACAAGCUGUGUUUAAUUUGGUUUGGAGUAAACACUCAAUUUAGUUCUUGAAAAUAAUUACUGAUUUUAAUUAGGUCUUCGAAAAAAUAAAUGCAAAAUAGUUUACAAGAUGUAAGGGGUCAUUUUUUUCUUUUCUAAAUACAUCUUAAAACUGUAAAAUGCACGCCAUUUUAAUUCUCGGCAAAAGCUAUUGUUGACCCACUCUCUAGAAAUGUUAAAUAGAUGAAAGAACAUUAGUUUCACGUUUGUAAUUUUGAAAGAUUAUUUGGUAACUAGUUUUUUAGAGAUUAAGUUGGGUUAAAUGACUUUUUUCUUUUCUUUUCAGAAAUUAAAUUCAGUAUUACUCUUCAUUUUAGAGUCAUUAGCAGCAUUGUAGUAGUACCCAUUUAGGAUAUAUUCUUAAAAAAAUUAUCGAGUAUUCUCAAAAGGUAAAAGUCACCCCUGAAUUUUGAGGCUCCAAUAAAUUUUUUAAACAAGAGGCAAAAUGAGAGAGUACUGUGGUAACGAUGGGCAGGACUAGAUUUGGUUAAAAAACAGAGAACUAAACUGUCUUUUUCCCCCCUUUUCUUUUUAACAGAGGCACAACCAGUUCACAAACCGCACAGGAUUUUGAAACACCCAGUUGUCCCAAUACCCGGUUUUAAAUUCCAUUAAGAAAACACCCCCUCUCACCUCCUCAAGAAACCGUUCCUUUGUAAAUUCUCACUUUCAUCUUGAUAGAUAUUGUUCAGAUUCUUCAGAAAGUAGAACUUAGUAGAUAGAUAGAAGGAAGGGAAUAUCCUCUUCCUAGUUGUGCAGAUAGAUAAUUGCUUUGUUUUUUGAAACUUACCCAACAUAAUUCUCUCAACAAGUCAAUUUUGACUUCUUUGUACAUCUGUAGCAACCCCUUACAUGAAGUUAAAAUGUACAAUUUGAUGAAUUUAUGAACUCAAAAAAAUUAAAAAACAUUGCAUACAUUAUUUAUAAUAGGAGUUGUUUCUUGAAUUUUAGCCUUGAAUUAAUCAUUGAGAACGCUUUAUUUUAUUGUAUUGUUUUCAAAGAAUUACAACUACACGUAAUCAAUUGUUUCACAGUUUGUAAGAUAAAAAAAUAAUAUACAAAUAACAUACAUUUCACAAAUUUUUAGUAAAUAAGUUGGUACUUGUUUAUUUUAAAUUUAGUAAAAUUAAUUUAAAUUAUUGAACAUGAUCGAGACAAGUAUUUAAAAUAUUUUUAGUCAGAAAUUUUACAUUAAAAUGUAGUAUGUGAUAUUGACUUUUAUGUUUGAUUUUUUUUAGAUCACGGGUAUAAAAUUCACAUUAUUAAUACAUAAAAGAACACACAAUUUCGCAAAACAUUUUUUUUAUUUGUAUGAAUUUCACAUUAUUUUAAGCGUGUUU